CCAAGAAGAAGAAGAAGGAGGCGGAAGUGAAACCCGGAAGUAAGCGCUCAUUGAAGCGUCGCGUCGAAAGCGAAUCGAGUGAUAAAUGAAAGAGAUUAAACACGCUCGCUUCAUCAUGAGGAGCCAUCGGUGACUUUAUACGCGAUAUCUGAGGAUGCUGGAGUCUAACGCGGAUGAGAUAUCAGAGUAGCAGUCUGGAGAGGUUAUGAACGAUGCUGAUGUGUGGAUUCGGAGUGUCUGUGCAUCAGGACUGAUCGACAGCUGAUCUCAGCUUUAUUUUCUGCAUCGAGCGUCCGAACAGCAUGUUGAUGAGCGGCUUUUGCUCAUGUGUGUCCUCUGAAGCGGCGUGCUGGGAUUGACGCAGUCAGGAUGUUUCCUAAAACCUCGCUGACGGCUCUGAUCGUGGGGCUCUUCCUCCUCUACGUGCUGCACACAUGCUGGGUCAUGUACGGGAUCGUGUACACCAAACCCUGCGAAAAACCCAAAAGUGACAGCUGUAUCUCACCCUACCUGGCCGGAAAACCUCGACUGCAGCUCAGCGUCUACACUGCAUUAAGACCCAAUGCUGAUGGUGGACACAGUCUGAUCCACAGAGAGGAAGAGUUUGAUGUCAACACCAGGUUUGAGAGGUUAGUUAAUGUGUCUUUGCCGAAAAAGACCCGCAAAAAUGGGACGCUGUACGCCAUGGUGUUCCUGCAUCAGGCAGGAGUCUCGCCGUGGCAGGAUCCGCAUCAGGUGCAUUUAGUCACGCAACUGACCACAUACAUGCUGCCCAAACCUCCAGAGAUCAGCCUGAUCACGGGGCAGGACGAGCCGCAGAAACCGGAUCAGCAGAAGCAGAGUAGCGACUCUGAGCUGGACCGGCCCGUUUCUCACUGGCGUUCCCGUCUGACGGUGAACGUGGUGUCCGAGAACUUCCAGUUUGAUCGAGAGGCCCUUCCUGGAGACGUGCACCGCUACAUGAGAGUAUAUCAGAGCGGGAAGAAGAUGAUUUACCUGCCGCUGCUGUUUGUAGAUGAGCUGAGCAACCGAGUGAAGGAUUUAAUGGAAAUCAACCGCAGCAGCACUGAGCUGCCUCUGACCAUCUCAUACGACUCCAUCGCUCUGGGGAAACUGCGCUUCUGGAUCCAUAUGCAGGACGCCGUUUAUUCACUUCAGCAGUUUGGUGUUUGUGUGUGUGUCUCAGUGCUGUGGAGGUGUUUCAGCACCAUUGUGAUCUUCCUGUAUCUGCUGGAUGAGCAGACCAGUCUGCUGGUUCUACUUCCUGCUGGGAUCGGCUCUUUGAUCGAGGUGUGGAAAGUGAAGAAGGCUUUUAAAAUACACGUCGUAUGGAGGGGCUUGACUCCCACGUUCCUGUUUGGGAAGCUUGAUGAAUCUGAGAAACGAACCGAGGAAUAUGACACGCUGGCGAUGAAGUAUCUGUCCUAUCUGCUGUAUCCUCUGUGUCUCGCCGGGGCGGUUUACUCUCUUGUGUUUGUCAAGUACAAAAGCUGGUACUCCUGGAUUAUUAACAGUUUAGUCAAUGGGGUGUACGCCUUUGGAUUCCUCUUUAUGCUGCCUCAACUCUUUGUAAAUUACAAGCUGAAAUCCGUCGCUCAUCUGCCCUGGAAAGCCUUUAUGUACAAGGCUUUUAAUACGUUUAUCGAUGACGUUUUUGCAUUCAUCAUCACGAUGCCCACGUCACAUCGGUUAGCGUGUUUCAGAGAUGACGUGGUGUUCCUCGUGUACCUCUAUCAGAGAUGGCUCUAUCCAGUGGACAAAACCAGAGUGAACGAGUACGGCGUGUCUUACGAUGAAAAGCCCAAAGGAAAAUCCCAUAAAGAUUGACAUCGUCACAACAGAACAGCUCAGCAUUAUCUUAAGAUCAGUCAUCGGAUUCAAUAACAAAAGACCAAACCACAUUUGGCUAUCUGGGCUCAGUUGUGCUCCGCUAAUCAGAGAAAUGUAACCGGCUCGACUGAGACACGCGCGUGUGCAGCGUCCGGCAGUGCAAACGGUUGCUGUAUCUCGUUGAAUUAUAGGAUGAGAAGUAAAAUAUGAAAAGCUUGGUUUAAUUUUACAGAAUGUAUUUUGAUGGGACCUUUAAUGCAGUCUCAAAUAGUGUUUUGAAAUUAAGACCAUAUCACAAGGGUGCCAAAAGACCAGAGUUUCAGAUUAAUUAUCAGAUUUGCUUUGAAUAUGGAUUAAUUUUAGUAACGUGACUGUUGGUUGUGUGUUCAGCGAGAAUGAUGUACGUUUGUUUUUGUGUUUCAUUCCAUUAAAAGUGUUUCUGCUUAAUCACAGAGACUUCAUUAAACA